AUGGAGGCGCUUGGCCCGCGGAGUCCUCCUCCUGUGGGGCUGGGGCUGGGGGCGGCGGCGGCGGCCUGGGCGGCGGGUGUCGUGCGGGGGCUGCGGUGGGCGGCGCCGAGAGGUCUGAGCCGGGGGCUGGCGCUGCGCCUGGGGCUGGCGGCGGUGGCCUCCCAGGGCCUGGCCCGCGCCCUGCUGCUCCCGGCGCCUCUGGCCGCCGCCCUGGCCGCCCUGGCCGCCUGGGCCGCCCUCCCGCGCCCCGCCAGGGAACCCCGCGCCGCCGCCCGAGGCCGCGCCGUCCUGCUCACCGGGUGCGACUCCGGUUUUGGGAAGGCGGCUGCCCGGCAUCUGGACGCGCUGGGCCUGAGGGUCUUCGCCACUGUGCUGGACUUGCAGAGCCCUGGGGCCCAGGAGCUCCGCCAGUGCUGCUCCCCUCAGCUGACCCUGCUGCAGAUGGACCUGACCAAAGCGGAGGACAUCCAGGAGGCCCUGCGCUUCAUCAAGGCCCAGACGGCUGGGACAGGGCUCUGGGGCCUGGUCAACAAUGCUGGGUUCAACGACACCAUUGCUGACGCCGAGCUGACCCCCCUGCAGCACUUCCGUACUUGCAUGGAGGUGAACUUCUUUGGCACCUUGGAGCUGACCAAAGGGCUGCUGCCAUUACUACGCGCCUCGCGAGGAAGGAUCGUCACCAUCAGCAGCCCCGCAGGGAACAUGCCGUAUCCCUGUUUAGCCAGCUAUGGGGCCUCCAAGGCCGCCCUCAGCCUCCUCAUGGACACCUUCCAGUGUGAACUGGCACCGUGGGGCAUCCGAGUGAGCGUCAUCUUUCCCGGGUACUUCAAGACUGGCAGCUCUUGCAAUCCCGAAUACUGGAAGAAGCGGAAGCACGAGCUGGUGGACAGCUUGCCCCCAGAGCUGCUGGAGGCCUAUGGGGAGGAAUACAUUGAGGAGAUCAACAAGCAGUUCCUGGACUUCAUGAAGCUGGCAGUGGAGGAUCUGAGUGCAGUGGUGGAGAGCAUCACGGAUGGCCUCCUCUCCCCCCAGCCACUGGUCAAAUAUUACCCCGGGAGGGGCCUGGGCCUCAUGUACUUCAUCCACCACUACCUACCCCAUGGCGCCCGGGACCUCUUCCUCAAGGCCUUCUUCAUCAACCCCAAGCUGCCCAGGGGGCUCCAACCCAAAACCUUCCCAGGCACCCCCCCUCACAAACCCUGACCCCGUCCUGCCUGGGACUCUACCUGGGAUGCCCUUUGCAGUGGGGCACAAGGAAGUCCCCUCCUCCUCAAGGCACAUGGUAUAGGUGGUUCCCAUCCACGACUGGCAGUCCCUUCCUGCUCUCCCGACCCCUCAGGUCUGUACCAAAACCAAGGGCAGUGCUGGCGACUGCGCAAAAUGGACAGCUCUCUGCACCUUCAAGAAAUACCUCCAGGAACUUUGGCUCAGAAACCCUCUGACCAGCUUUCUCUUGCUAUCGUUGUUGUUGCUGCUGCUGUCUGGCCAGAAGCUGACCUCCAGGCUGGAGAGAUGGACCGCUGGGUCAGCAUGGGGAAGGGCUUUUUCCUUGGUGAUGAGCCAAACACACUCCUGCCACUUGUGCCAAUUGCUCUGCCCUCAGCAGAGCCACUUUCUCUCGCACAUGCGCCCUACACAUUUCCCUCUGCCCAGCCCCAGAGCCUCAUUGCCACGCGGACCUGAGCCACGGCAGCCAUGCUGCCUCCAGGGACCAAGAGAGGUUUGCUGCUCAACAGCUUGCAAAUCUCGCCCCAAAGAGCCAAGCCUUUUGUGAUUGCCACUUACAAUAAAAAAAAAUUCAUGUUGCUGCC